AUGUCGUUCAAAGAAGUGGCAGUUUAAGGCUAUCAGCGUAAUAGAAAUAAUGCUGGCAUAGCAAAUUCUGAAAAUAGUAAAUCAAAUAAAUAGCAAUACUAUAAUAGCGGAGUAUCUACAUCUAUAUAAGAAGAAAGUGAAAUAUAGGAAUCACUUUAAUGGGGCGACCCUAAACAAAGAGAAGAAGAAAUAGUUGGAUUUUAAGAAAAAUAAGUUGACUAUAGCUCUCCUAUAGAAGUUAAAAAUUUAUAUAUCUCUCUGCCUUAGCAAAAAAUAAAGCAUUUAGCAAUAUCAUAAAAAUCUGCUGUUGCAAUUACUGAAAAUAACAUGGUGAUAAGAUGGAAAUUCGAAAAUGGAUAUGACACGUAUGAAUCGAUGUCGUUGCCUGAAAAAGUGUCUGGCUUAUCAUUAGGAGGAAAGUUAGCAAAUGUAGGUGGAAAGAUAGGAGGAAAAAUCAUUCCAUUUAAAAGAUUUAAAAAAUAUUAAAAUGAUAAAGAAGUAGAAAGGUAAAAGCGAAGAAUUAUAGAUAGAGUUUACAUGGAUAGAGUAGGAUAACAUUGUAUUAUUACUAAUAAUACAGGUUAUACCUACUAUUUGAAUCAUAACUCAUCAUAAGUUAAGCCUUUACCGAAGCUGAAGAGAAUAAUUCUAAAAAGUGUUAUGUUUGAUGAUAGAUAGGCAUACAAAACACUGUUAGAUGACAAAACUUUUUUGUUUGGUAGUGAAAAUAAUUCGAUUUAUUAGUGCAAACUAGAGUAUAAUGAAAAAGAUGGUCAAUUCUAUGAGACAGUUCCUCAGUUGCUUAUAUCAAUUCACGAUGAGAAACCAAAAUUUAUCACAGAUAUAAAAAUACUUCAUAAUAAAUUUGGAGCUAGGAAAGGAGAAGUUCAAACUAUUGUUUUAGCAUCAACCAAUUCGCAAAUAUAUUUUUUUUGUAAAUCAGCAAAAGAACUUCUGACGUUUGAUUAGCUUUUUAAAGAAUAUGACAAUGUAUAAAGUAUGCUUUAUACAAUGCCAACUCCAGCAAGUCAUCUUUCUUUUACAGAUUUGUGUUAUGAAUACGAUUCUAAGUUGAGGAGAAGAUGUCGCUCAUACAUUUAUACUAAUGGAAAUUAUUUGCAGUAUUAUAAAUUUCCCGAAAAGGAAGGAGUGGAAGAAAUCGAUGAUAACUUCUUUAGAACAGUUAAUUAUUUUAAUUAUGGAAAAGAAAUAUAAACAAGUGAUCAUAAAGCAGAACUGAAGGUCAAAGAUAUGCCUUUAGGAGUUGGAAUUACACUUUAUCAUUACAUUAUUCUACAUAGUGACUCUGUUUCUGUACUUUCACAGAUUACACAAUAGGUUGUAUUUCAUGAAAAUUUAACUAAGCUUGGCAAAAUUUAUGGAAUGGUUAACGAUAUGGAGAAUAAAUGCUAUUGGAUAUAUGGAGAGAGUAAGAUUGUUAGACUUUUUAUUAAAAACGAAUUUGAGCAGUCUUGGAGAAUUUAUUUGGAGCUAAAAAACUAUGAAAAAGCUUACUAAUUAUGUAGAAAGACAGAGAGUGAGUUUAUACCUACUAUAAGUCUUUAAUAUGGAAAUUAGUUAUUUGAUUAAUAAAAAUACAAAGACGCAGCACGUAUUUAUUUGGAAAGUAGUUUAGGGUUUGAAGAAGUCUUUGUGAAAUUUUAAGGAAUUGAUAUUAGAGUACAAGAAGGAUUAGCAGAGUAUAUUCAACUGUUUUUAUUAAAAAAUGAAAGAGUUCUCUAAGAAUUUUAGAUUAGAGUACUUACUAAUUGGCUAGCUGAUUUUUAUAUCCACAAAGUAACAAUUCUAAAUCAAAGAGUUUAUGGAGCUAAAAAUAAGAUCCCAGCUCCAAACGAGAUUUCAAAAGACAGUUUAAUCUUAGAUAUGAAAGAAAGUUAUGAAGUUUUAAAGAGAUUUAUGGAUAAGUAUCAAAAAUAUUUGAUUGAAGAUCUUAUUUAUGAAUUGAUGAGUUCAUAUGGCUAGUUAGAGCUAUGCUUAAACUAUGCCCUGUAAAAGGAAAAUUACUAAAUGGUAAUCGGUAAUUACAUUCACUCUGAAAGAUACUCUGAAGCAAUUUAAGUGAUGAGAAAUAUGCCAAAUUGUACUGAGUUUGCUUACAAAUACAGCGAUAUUUUGAUGAAAAAGGAAACAAAAUAAUUUAUUGAUCUUUUAAAAAACAGUAUUUAAAAAUUUGAACCUUCUCGUAUCAUGAGGAGUUUGAUGGAAAUUGAAAAAGAAACUCCUUAAUUUGAAGAGGGAUUUUAAUUUAUAAAAUAUUGCAUCAACGAAAGAAAGCUUCGUGAAUAAAUUGUCCAUAAUAUCUACAUUUUUUAUUUAUCAGAGCACAAAGAUAAAAAUUUGUUUACUGAAUACAUGAUAGAAACAGAAAAGAAGAUUUUGAAUGGAAAGCAACAGAGAGAAUAUUUCGAUAUGAAUUUUGCUUUCAAUCUAGCAAAGGCUCACAAUUUUGUAAGAGCAACAAUAUCUCUUUUAGCAAUGAAAAAAUUGUUUGAAGAAGCUGUUCAAAUAGCGAUUGAAAAUAACAUGAUCGAUGUAGCUAUUGAAUAUGCUUAGUUAUCUGAGCAAAUAGUUAUUUAUGAAUCCCAGAAAACAUGGAUGAAAAUAAUAGAACACAUGAUGAAGACAGAAUAAAAUGGUCCAUAAAAGAUUGAAAAAAUAUUUAAUGUAAUGGAAUAAUGUGCUUAUAUUAAAAUUGAAGACCUAAUACCUUACUUUGAUAAUAAUAUGCCUCUAUCUUUGUUUAAGGGUAAGAUAGAAGAAAGUGUGAGGAGCUAUUAGGAGGAUAUUGUUGGGUUAAAAAAUGAAAUUAACUAUAAAAAUGAGAAAUUGGAGGAAUUGAAAGGAGAGCUUAGUAAGCAAAACGGGAAAUACAUGAGAAUAAGCGAGAAAUCAACAUGCUACAUAUGCUCUGAAUUUUUAUUAAAUAAUGACUUUAUUACAUUCCCUUGUGAUCAUCAUGUCCACAAAAAAUGUGCUAUCUAAUACAUUUAAUCUAAGUAGCUUUAUACUGCUGAAGAAAUAUAGGAAAUAAUUUCUCUUACAGAGAGAAUAGCUAUGCUUCGUAGAAAUGUCAGAUCGUAUGAUCCUAAUCAAGUAAAAAAAUGCAUAGAAUUCUACACUUAAGUGUAUCGUUCUUUCAAUCAAACAAAUAAUUCAAAAGAAGAUUAAAUCUAUAAAUAUGUGAUUAACUAUGAAAGUGACAUAGUUAAAUUAAAAUAAUUUAAUAAAUAACUUGAUGAUUUGAUUUGUAAAGAAUGUCCUUUGUGUGGUCCUAUACAUGCUAGUCUUGCUUUCUAGAACUAUGAAAAAGAUAAUUCUUGGACUAUUGAAUGA